GGCUGGAAGGAAUGAUUUCACUUCUCCGCAAUGUUGAGCCAUCCAAUGGAUCCAGAUCUGUAUGACCGAUCUAACACGUUCCACAAUGGUGGGGAUGAUCCCAGGGGCGCAGAAGCCUAUCACCGACUGCUCUCUGUUGCGGAAGCCACUUUCCGACUCCAGGCAUGCUCGCAGCUUGCGGCGCCAAGGGCUCGACUAUUGAUUCUCAUCGGAUUUCUAGAAUCACACAACGUCAUCCACACACAAUGCGGGCUUCGGGGGUUCGGAAAUACCAUACUUUUUUCGGCCACCUAGUGCAUAGACAUUGAUAUUUAUGCUCCCUCCUCUUGAGCUGUUUCUCUCCCAGCAACACCCUCAGAGCAGCCGUUGAUACCCAAGCUCAAAGUCCAUUCUCUCAUACAUCAUUCUAAUACUCCAUCAAUGGCACCAGUUGCAGUGGCCUCUGAAGCCCCGGUGUUCAACACCAAGCGUGACGGACAGGCUCUCGAGGAGCUGUCGGACGCCAUCGACACCGUUAACGUCCUCAAGGACAACCUCAAGAAGGAGAAGGGUCUGUACGAAGAGUCCGAGUUCGACAAGAACAAGGACAAGACCAAGUUCCGCCAGUAUGAAGAUGCCUGCGACCGGGUCAAGAACUUCUACAAGGAACAGCACACCAAGCAAACAGUGGCCUACAACCUCAAGGCUCGCAACGAGUUCCACUCCAAGACUCGCGCCGAGAUGACCAUCUGGGAGGCGAUGGAGAAGCUCAACACCCUCAUCGAUGAGUCCGACCCCGACACCAGCCUGUCCCAGAUCGAGCAUCUCCUCCAGUCCGCCGAGGCCAUUCGCCGCGACGGCAAGCCCCGCUGGAUGCAGCUGACCGGUCUCAUCCACGACCUGGGCAAGCUGCUCUUCUUCUUCGACGCCCAGGGCCAGUGGGAUGUCGUCGGUGACACCUUCCCCGUCGGCUGUGGCUUCGAUGAGCGCAUCAUCUACGGCCGCGAGUCUUUCAAGGACAACGAAGACUACGGCCACCCCAUCUACGACACCAAGUUCGGCAUCUACAGCCCUGGCUGCGGUCUCGACAACGUCAUGCUCUCCUGGGGCCACGACGAGUACCUCUACCACGUGGUCAAGGACCAGUCCACCUUGCCAGACGAGGCCCUGGCCAUGAUCCGCUACCACUCGUUCUACCCCUGGCACAACGCCGGUGCGUACCACGAGCUGAUGAACGACCACGACAAGGAGAUGUUCAAGGCUGUCAAGGCCUUCAACCCUUACGAUUUGUACAGCAAGAGCGACGAUGUUCCUAGCCCGGCAGAACUGAAGCCCUACUACCUCGAACUGAUCAACGAAUACUUCCCCAACCCCGUGAUCAAGUGGUAAACCAGAAAUGACAUGAUGUAUGAUUUCACAUGUAUUGCUUCUCCGAUACCUCUUGCUAUUCCCCUUCUCAACAACAGCAUUCACGCAAGCGAUGAUUUACGAAUACCUUCUUCUUCUAUCUAUACUCCCCAAAUCAAGCAC